AUGGCUUUCGAGUGGCUUGCACCAAUUCUCACCCCUGCGGCCCUGCGCUCGGUACAAAACGACGGCCGGCCAGUCAUCACCCUCUUCCUCGUCAUCUUCGGCCUAUCAGUCUUCGGUACCCUGAUAUGGUACGUCCACUUCGUCACAUCUAAGAUGUACCCGAAAAAGAAGGAUCCAAAUGCAAAGAAGGGCCCGUUGCUUGGCUUCAUCAAGCGGUGA